AUGAUUCACGUACGUAUCGACAACCAUCAUUCAACCGCUGUGGAUAUCUAUGUUAAUAUUUCUCCACAAAAUAUGAUUACCUCAUCGUCACCCAUCUCUUCUUCUUCUUCUUCCACUGAUGAACACAUUUAUGAUCGCCUAGCUCAUAUCGACACUAGUCUUCCACGACAAUCGAAAGUCAUUUAUAACAAUCGAACAGCUUCGAUCCGUUCAAUGAACAAGAAGAACUAUACACUUCAGCAAAUACUCGACAAUGUCGAAACAAUCCAAAAGCAAUACGAACAAGUUGUGAAUGAUCGAACAACCUCAACACCAUCAUGCUUCUUUUCUAUGAAACAAUUUACAAAAGUAUUGAAAAAUCUACGGACUGUGAAGACGAAAACGUCGGAAGAGAUCACCCAAACAGAUAAUUCGGAAACAAAAUCUCCAUUCAUCUUCGGCGGUGAAACAUUGCAAUGGAUUGCCUUACCACAAGAUGAACAUAUUUAUGAAAAUGAAUUUCUCCAUUGA